AUGUUGAGUCCUAAUGUUGAUAUUGCUGAAGUUUACGUGUUGAGGAAACUCCAUAAAGAGAAGACCAACAGACUCCAAAAGAAUACGAGUCAAGAAAAACCAUUACAAAACAGUGUUGAUGGAUCAUCUGGCUGCUUCUCCGCUGCGUUCAAGAAAGGGAAUAUUAAGCAGGCAUUUGAUGCCUAUGUGAUUGGGAAAGAAGAUGCUCUUGGGAUUGUUGUGCUUCAAGAAUGGUGGGGUGUUGAUUUUGAGAUCAAGAACCACGCCCAGAAAAUCUCUCAGUUGGAACCUGGCUAUAAAGCGUUGAUCCCAGAGUAG